AUGCCUAGCAAAGCCAAGCGUCCCAAGGCAACCAAAGCGUCGGCGAAGAUUGACUCGGACUCGCGUCCAGAUCCGUCUAAGCGACCACGGCUCGAUAUCAAUCCGGAUCGGGGGCCACUCACUGAUAGUGGCAGGGCCACGCCGAAGCCAGUAGCCAGUCGCCCAGGGCUUGGACCAACAAGCGGGUUCAACGAUCCGUUCUCUGCAGAGGGUGCUCCGAGGAGCGAGAGUCCUGUAGUGAAGCAGGCUGGCGUCAGGACAGAAACAACUUCACAUGUUCCCCCGGUUACUGCGCAAGCCGCGUCUAGCUUGACUCUUGCCGGCGGCACGGGACAGAAGGCUGUGAAGAUAAGUAAAGCGACCACUGACAUUAUCCAAGGGUUGAAGAGCGCAGUUGCGAAGACUCGUGCCGAGCUGGAUGCCAAUGCUGGAGAGACCGAACGCAACGGGGUAGAAAUCGAUAAUCUGUGGGCAAUGACCGAGGAGCUCGACUGUGCUAUCCGCGUCGGCGAAGACUCUCUGCGCGGACGGGUUGCUCGGCUUGAAGAAGUCGUCGACAAGUUGCAGGCAACCGUCGAAGAGAUAACCCCGAGACUCGAACACCUGAGCCUGCUUGCAAACUCGGUUGGACAUCUACCUGAGGUGUCUGUGCCGUCCGAAGCGUGCAAUUCUGUACGGAAGACGCGCCUGCAGGCUAUGACCCGUAAUGCUGUGUACGACAUGAUUGGUAUCGACCACAAGUGCCCGUUGCCUGAGCCAAGCCGUGACGAGGGAUGUUUCUGGGUUGAAGUUGAGGACAUCGGUACGCCGGGUGAAGUACACCGCCGUCUCCGACCUACCUGGGACAGAGUUUACCCAAACAAAGUCGGGUGGAUGAAGGAGAUCGCAUCGAAGAUUCAGACAGAUGGGCUGAGGUGGCUUUCGGGGAUGACAGCGGAGCAGCUGGCUAGCUACUCACUGUCUGACAUUGAAGCCGUGGUUGAGGCUGUGUGGGAGUCACUGAGGGAUAGGUAUAAACUUACGAAGAAGUCGGCAGCGGAAAAGGCGAGGAAGGCGAGGAAGAGACGCCAUGAGGCGCGCAAGCAGCAGAAACUGCGUCAACGCGCGGCUGCGCGCACCAAGGUCCCUGAGCUGGCAGACGCCGCUUAUGACUGGUUCUUCAGUACAACCAAGUACAUGUCGACUGAUGAGUCCGGGGCCGAAGACGAACUUGAAGAUCACGACGUACCAAAUGCAAUCGACGCGGAGACCUCGGAGGAAGAGUGCAGCGCGGGUAAACAGAAGGGAGCUGGUAGCAAUGCUCGAUGUGCGGUCACCGCGCGGCCUCCUACUUAUCGUCUAGCUGCGCUUGGGCCAUUGCUUCAAAGCCUCGACGAAGCAAUUUUGAAGGGACGCAGGGGGAAGCCGUCAAGCCACCAGUUCCUUACUCGAAUCCGUGGCCAGCCGAGGGACAAGGAGCUUCCAAGCUUGGCUAAGGUCAAGAACGCGAUCCAGAUACCCGAUGGUAUGAUCAAUCCGGAAUGGCGGGCUCGUCAGAAUGGCAUAGUAGAGUCUCAGGGCAAUUCCGGAGACAUGGUGGAUGUAGAUGAGGAUGCUGAACCGGGGACGGCGGGGAAUGAGGCAGGGGACGAGGUGGGGGAUGAGACGAGUGACGACGAGGGUGAGGAGGAGGCCGCCGGGACUCGGACUGGCUCUCAAUCUAUCCCAGUUGACCCGGCAUUGCUCGCUGACAUGGCAAUGAUGUAG